AGCAACGCGCGCAAGAUGGCGGCGGAGGCGGAGAGAGCCGCCGGUCCCUCGGAGUUGGUGGAGUUGAGCCGCGUGUUGGGCCGUCUGCUGCCAGGGCUGGAAACAGACAGCAAGCUGGGACGGCGGCGCGCGCUGGAAGCCCUGCAGCAUGUAAUGGAGGAGACCGCGGGGCCCAGCGCCGACCCCGCCGCUUUUCAGGGCCCCUGGGCACGCCUGCUGCUGCCGCGCCUACUGCGCCUCCUGGCCGACCCGGCCGAGGGCUGCCGCGCGCAAGCUGUGCACCUGCUGGACCUCGGCCUGCGCCGCGCCGCGCGACCCUGCGACGCCCUGCCGCGCCUGCUGCCCGCGCUUACCGCACGCCUAACCCGGCCCGAUCCUGCGCGGCCCCCGCCCGAAGCCUGCGAGGAGCUGCGCCUGGCCCUCGUGCAGCUAUUAGGCCUAACAGUGAGCCUUGGUGGCGCCGCUCUCGCGCCCCACCUGGACGACGUUGUGCGUGCGCUGCGGGACGCGCUGCUGGACCCCUUUGCUGCUGUGCGACGCGAGAGCUGUGAGUGCGCCGCCGCCCUGGCGCGCGCCACGCCCGACCACUUCCACAUGCAGUCGGAGUCCUUGAUCAGCCCUCUGAUGCACACCAUCUCCCACCAGCACUGGAAAGUCCGGGUGGCUGUCAUCGAAGCCACAGGGACAGUGAUCCAGUUUGGGAACGGGAAGUCCGUAGACGAUGUGCUGUCACACUUUGCCCAGCGGCUCUUUGAUGAUGUCUCUCAGGUACGACAGGCAGUGACCUCCGUGGUGGGGGGCUGGCUACUGGAUCUGCGGGACCGCUAUUCGUUCUUUCACAAGCUUAUCCCUUUGUUGCUGAGCAGCUUCAACGACGAGAUGCCUGAAAUCAGGCAGUUGGCUGCCAGCCUCUGGGAGAAGGUGGGGCUGCAGUGGCAAGAGGAGAACGAGGCGGACCUGAAGGACAAGCUGGACUUCGCCUCACCACCCCCACCUCACUACCCCCAAGAGAGCCGCCCAGUGCUGGGCUGCCGGGAACUGGUCUUCAGGAACCUCUCCAAAAUCCUUCCUGCCAUCUGUCACGACAUCACCGACUGGGUGGUGGGGACCAGGGUAAAGUCUGCACAGCUCCUGCCAGUGCUGCUCCUGCACGCUGAGGACCAUAUCACACAACACCUGGAGAUCAUCCUUAGAACCCUGCAGAGGGCCUGUGCGGAUGAGGAGGUGGCCGUGGUCAGCAGUUGUGCAAGAUCUGCAGAGCUGAUUGGGAUAUUCAUCAGCCCAGAAGUUUCUCUGAAGCUCAUCAUAUCAAUGCUGAAGAAGGCACCCUCCUCUUCUAGCCUGUUGAUUCUUGCUUCUGUCAUUCGAGGCUGUCCACGGGAUGCCCUCCAGCCACACCUCAUGGCCAUCACCACAGAGCUGGUCCAGGCGCAUGUCUGCCAGGCAUCUGAAAAUGAUCUCUACCUAGAGCACCUGCUGCUCUGUGUGCAGACUCUGGUGUCUGUGUGUCAGGAGGACUGCAGCGUGGCCAGCCUGCAGCUCAUGGAGGUGCUGGUGACAAUCAUGGCUCUCUCGGGUGCCACCGCCCUUGGGGACAAGGCUCAGGAGACCAUGGAGUCACUGGCUUUGGUGGAAAAUGUCCCCGGCAGUCAGGAUCUCUACCACAAGCACAUGGGUCCUCUCCUGGAGCGGCUGACUGCCUCGCACUGUGACUGGACUGCACACUCUGUGGAGCUGCUGCAGUUCUGUGAGGUCAUCACCCGGUCAGGCCCUGCUGUGGGAGAAGCGCUGCAGCACGUGGUCCCCACCCUCAGGGCCUGUCUGCAGACCACAAGAGACCCCCGUAUGUGCCUGAAGCUCUUCUCCAUCCUCUCUAGCCUGCUGCUGAGGCCCAAGGACACCAUUGACUCCCAGGGGCAGUUUUGUGUCUACCUUGACUCAGUGGUAAAAGACAUUCUGAUGCCAAAUCUGCAGUGGCGAGCAGGGAAGACAGCUGCAGCCAUCCGCACAGCUGCCGUGUCCUGCUUGUGGGCACUCACCAGCGGUGAUAUCCUGUCAGCCAAGCAGGUGCAUGACGUUCAGGAUGCGUUGCUGCCUCAGGUCUUGGCCACCCUGGAAGAGGACAUGCAGACCACUCGGCUGAUCUCCUGUCGUAUCAUUAACAUAUUUCUAAAGACCUCUGGAGAUGUUGUGGACCCAGAUAAAUUCCUCAAGAUUUAUCCUGAGCUCCUGAAGCGUCUGGACGACGUCUCCAAUGAUGUGCGGAUGGCCGCCACCUCUGCCCUGCUCACCUGGCUCAGAUGCAUCCAGAGCACCGGCGGCAAGUCGUACUAUCAAAGCAGCAUCCAGUACCUGUACAGGGAGCUCCUCCUUCACCUGGAUGACCCCGAGAGCGCCAUCCAGGACGCCGUCUUAGAGGUGCUCAAGGAAGGCAGCGUGCUGUUCCCAGAUCUCCUGGUGCGCGAGACCGAGGCUGUCAUCCAUAAGCACCGCUCAACCACCUACUGUGAUCAGCUCCUGCAGCAUGUGCAGGCCACUGCAGCCGCACAGUGACCAUGUGGUGGCAUCUAACACCUCUAGCCUUGAACCUGCAUCAGCAGGGCACCCGUGUCAGCAGCCCGGAUGUAACGGAGCAAACAGUGCCCCUGAGACUCCUUCCCCGUCCCCACUGUACUUUUGGCCAGCAGCCUCUGAGUGACAUCGAUGAGUGGGUUCCAUAUUUUUAUGUCUUCCUGAAGAAGGCCUCCCAGUGUUUAUAGUUCUCUUGAAGCUAAAACUAAAUGUUACCUGCCCACACUAUCAGCCAAAUCAGCUGAUUGUUAUUAUUUUAUAAACUCUCAUGUACUGCUUGGUUCUAGCCUGCUUAAAUAAAUGCCCUCUAAGAAAGUUCUUGACUAUUAAAAAAAAAAAAAAAAAAAAAGCCAUUAGAAAAAAAAACAUCAUUCUUUGGGUCCCAUCUCAGACCACCAGGAAUUUGAACUCUUGACUGUUAUCUGUGAUGUCUUAACCAUUUAAGUACACUGGAACUUGUUACCUAGACAUGCAUGGUUAUAGUGUUUUUGAGUGGUAAUGCUGACAGUAUUUUGAUAGAACAUUCAGAUCUCAUUUUGUUGCUCUCUUAGCAGCAGUAAAAUAAGAUUGUAUUAUAUUCUCCAGCAGAUUCUACACCUAAGUGCCUAAAAGAUUGUAAGGGGGAUAUUGCUACCUUAAGCCAAUAUUUAUAUUAACACAGCAGGAAAAGGCUGUUAUAUUUUCUACUAAUCACAUAUUAAUAUUUGUGCUCUGGUGUUAAAAUUUUUUAUUAAA